AUGGUGACUGAUGGUAAAGGAAGGGUUUCCAGCAACCCCCUGCAGCGUGCGGGGAGUGGCAGCGGGGAGCUCAGCGUGGGCCAGCCAGAGAGAAACGCGCCGCCGGCGCACCGAUUUGGGGGGGACAAGAGCCUGGAGGAGCGGCAGAAGGAGCUCCAGGCGGAACUGGUGCAGAAGCAGGCAGAGGCGUCGGCGCACUUGCAGCGGCAGCAGCUGAUGAGGGACCAGCAGCACCGGCAUGACAUGCAGCGCUGGGGCCGGGGGCAAAUUUCGCCCGUUCAGCUGCCCCCCGACAGGCCCCGCACCGGUUUCAAGCAGAUUCAGCCCAAGCCCGCUGAGGGAGCGCUGUACGAGGCUGGGAAAGGGGUGCCGUGCUACCCUCCCCAAUCAUUCAUGCAGCAGCAUGCUAUGGCAGCAGAGGCAAUGCGGUUGGGGCGGCAGUCAAUGGAUGCUGGGCCGUCCGGGCAGGAGGGUUCGGUCGUGCUCAGCAGUUUGUCACAGGAGCGGACGAACGGCCCUGCGCCAGGAGCAACACAUGUGCCCAGUGUCAGGGCGCCCGCCUGGGCUUCGCUUCUGCAGCGGGGGCCAGUUCCUCACAGCCCGGUUGUUGCUCCCAGGGGGGGGAGGGUAGGAAAGGAGCGCAGCUCGUCGGGCUCGAGGGCCCUGCCGGAUGCUGCCAAGGCGUCGACGCUCACGGGUGGGCGGGACUCAGUGAAUGAAACCACGGUGACUAGCAGUUACUCGGAGGGGGACUCGCUGGCCACCUCGCGGGCGUACCAGCAGAACCCGCUGACCGUUGGGCGGAAACGCGAGCGGUGCGCAAAGAGCGAUACAGAGGCGUUGGAGGAGGACAAUGACACGCUGACAGAGGGAACGUGGAUCACGGGCGAGACGGAGGGGCGGGCGGCAGCCAAGGCGGGGGGCAAAGAUAAGGGUAAGCGGUCCCGGGCAGCGGAGGUGCACAACCAGUCGGAGCGCCGGCGGCGGGAUCGUAUCAACGACCGCAUGCGCGCGCUGCAGGAGCUGAUUCCCAACUCGAACAAGACGGACAAGGCCAGUGUGCUGGAUGAGGCGAUUGAGUACCUCAAGAAUCUGCAGACACAGUUGCAGUUCAUGUCCAUGCGGACUGGCCUGUUUGCUGCAAACCUUCCCCCCGGCGCGCCCCACCCCCCCGCCCCCCCUGGCAUGCCGGGCUUCUCCCUGCCACCCAUGCACCCCCCCAGCGCGCACUUACCCCCCAUGCCGUCGAUGCAUCCACCCUUGGGCAUGCACUCCAUGCCGUUCUUGGACCACCCCAUGUUUGCGAACAGUCCUAUGAUGCAGCACGAGGAGGGGGCGGAGAUGAAACCUGGGAGGCCUUACGGGGACAGCAACCGUGAAAUGUACAAUGCUCAGGAGCAGCAAAGAGAAGCGGGGCCUUUCCAUCCGAGGUUGGAUUUGUACGAGGGGUACCAGGGACAUGGGCACCCCUCGCAGCAACCUUCGCCCCGUUUUGACCAAGGGGGUCGGCAGUAGAUUGAGAUGCAAUCUUGUCCCAACAGUUUCGUUGUGUACCAGUAUUUCGUUUGGGGAAUGUCUGGGGGUUUUCCGGCCAUUCCCAUUGAGCAGAUUUAGCUCUUGGAGAAAAUUUUGCUUUCUCUAGGUGGCGUCCGCAAUAAAGACUGUCUCAAAUUUGUCAGCGUUAUAGAUUGCUGCAAGAUCGAAAAUGGCAUUUCAGGGGUAAAAUGGCUCCUGAAACGAACCAAUAGAGGUUUUCUGUUUACGUGUUCUUUCAAAAACCAGGUUGAAACAUUCAUAGAUUCCGGCCAGAUUGUUGAGUUUAUGGGCGGUCUGGAAGCUACAGUGAUUUAGUCUCGUGCAAUUUGUGAUCAUAAUAUUCCCGUCUCAGUUUCCCG